AUGGCUGACAAUGUUCAGCUUCGUCAUGCUCCGUCGCAAGACUUUGAAAUGACCAAAAUUCCUGCUGUGUUAACACCUCAAAACGAACCAAAGACAGUAGUGCGGAAAAUUGUCUCCAGCUAUGUGACUCGGCUUCUACUUCUUCUCGGCCUUUGUGGCUUCAUCGGCAUUGGCCUGCCUCUCGUCUGGACGGCCAUCUGGGCCCCAAAACCUGAUCUGGGCAUUGAGUCUGACCUCCGCUAUGAGUGCAUGCCUUUGAGGUCAGUGGAGCCGGAGAAGGUGUCUAACAGCACCUGUCUGAAAAGUCCCUGCAAGUGGGAUGGAGAGUCAUUCAAAACGGGCACUGAGAUAGCCUGCUACUAUGAAGUGGAGUAUGACACAAACUUGAAGGCAGACUCGUACGGGUCUAGGCUGUUUGGAAAGAUGCCUCGGUAUCAGUUCCUUCCUAAUGAUCCAAAUGAACGAAAGAAGCUGAUACAUGAGGAGAACUCUACUGUUCCCGAAAGUCCAGACGCAAAUACUCACAUCUUGAAGCUGGCUGUUCCACCGCCGUUUCUAGAUACUAAAAACGCUAAUCUUUCUGAAGGGCCCAUUGUGAACGAGUAUCUUUCGGUGACAGUCGAGCACUACAAUGAAAACCAUCUAAGGGUGCUGAUCAAGCCUGUUGAUGAAGAUAUCAAACUGUGGAAUCGUCACUUCGACUACAACUAUCCAACGCCUAAUGGAAAUUACUCCAAUGCAACCGUCACUUUGCAUGCUAAAGACGGCUUUCGUAAUGAUAUCUUCCAGCUGUCGGUUACUCGAAACUCAACUCGCAAAAGUCUCUUCAACAGUGGCCUCCACACGCCCUUCAUCUUCAGUAAGGGCUACAUUGAGCACUUUUUCCUUGGACCCCGUCCUGCUGACGUCCUCCGUCAGCUGCAGUCAUUCAUUCACAAGCCAUUCUUUCCCCCAUACUGGGCACUGGGUUUUCACGCCUGCUCCAGUCUCUGCUCCAUUCCCUCGGUGUCCGAGUCGCUGGAGUCGCAGCUGACCGCGCUGGACAUUCCCGUCGAGUCGGACUGUGGCACCGCCAUUCGCCGCUCUGAUGCCAAUGAAAAGGCCAACUUUGAAACCUUCAAGGAGAUCAUUCACGGUCGACAGCGCCGAUACCUCUCCAUGGAGGCGCCUCAUCGAUUUCAGGCCACCAAGGUGGCACAGUGGCAGCACUCGCUCACCUCCUCCCCCGACCUGAUCUCCUACUCCGGUGCGACCUAUCAGUGUAAUGAUGAGAACAAGCGCACGCAGAACAACGUUUACUACCCGGACUUUUGGCACUCCAAGACGGAGCAGGAGUACGGGGACGCGACAGAGUUUCACAAGUUCGCCGAUGGUUACCUGCUGGACUACAACACUCCGCUCAAUCUGAACAACUUCAACGGCUCGCUGGUCUGCGACAGCAUGGCCGACCGGCUGCAGUGGAACAAGUGGACCUUCGGUCAGCUCAAUGAGAUGGGACCCUGUCUGGAUGUGACCUUUUCCAAGGGCGCCUUCUUUGAUUCGCUGUCGAAGAAGGAGGCGGCCGCCUAUGAACUGGCCCCGUACAUGGCCCUGCACAACAUGUACGGCUACAAACAGGCGCAGCUGGUGGCCAAGCUGUGGUCGCAGCAGAGCGUAAACGCUAACAAGCGGCCUUUUGUACUGUCACUGUCGACCUUCAUGGGCAUUGGCCGCUUUGCCGGCCACCUCGGAGCGCCCAUCUACUCCAAUUGGACGUCGCUGAAGCUGUCUCUCAAGCAGACGCUUGACUUUUCCAUCUUUGGCGUCGCCAUGUCAGGUUUUCCAGUUGGCGGCUUCCGCGGAGAGACGCCCAAAGAUGAGGUCCUUCGCCGGUGGUUCCAGCUGGCAUCAGUGCAGCCCUUCAUGAUUAGCUACACUGACUUUGAAACGGAGCCCCGAACGAAGAUUAGGUCAGUUCGAGAGAUGAUUCGCAGCAACAUUCAGGCAAGGUACAAACUGCUGCCAUACUUUUACACCCUUUUUCAACGGGCGCACGCUGACGGCUCACUGGUGAUUGCACCGCUGUUUGUUGAGUUUCCCGACGACAUUGAGGUGUACAAAGUGAAUGAGCAGUUUAUGAUUGGGCCGGCGCUGUUAGCGUCACCGGUGGUCGAGGAGAGCAUGACAGUGGUGAAGGCGUACUUCCCCGAAGGCAGAUGGUACGAGUACUACUCCGGCCACUUGACAUCGAAGAAGGAAGGCGCCCACCUGGAGAUUUCCGCUGUUGAGCAGAAUAUCAAUCUGCACCUUCGAGGCGGCCACGUAGUGGCGAAUCACUUCAAAACGGAGCUCACUAUUGAUGAUACGAGAAAGAAACACGGCUUUCAGGUAAUCGCCGCUCUGAACGAGCACCUGAACGCCACCGGGUACCUCUACCUGGACGACGGUGAAUCGUUGACGGUGAAGAGCUACCUCAAUGUGACCUUCACCUUUACCUACACGAACAUCACCGUUGUGGUGCACGAAGGCAGCGCCGGCAGCUGUGCCCAGCUGAGGCCAGUCCUCAACACGCUGCUGCAGAACAUCAAGGUGUACGGAAUUAUUGAAAAGCCGCUGCACUCUCUGGUCACCGUCUUCCAGGGCAGCAAAGCGGACAGUCUGGUGAGGAGAAAAGACAGUGCGGAGCUGAAGGAGCCACAGGUGAAGUUUCAGAAUAACUUUGGCGUUCUCAGUAUUGAGCCUAACAUUGACCUGUGUGACAAGUCAGGCGAUCGGAUGUUUAUGCUCAAGUGGACCUACGAGCAGAUGCUCUGA